AAGACUUGCUUUUGUAAACCUUAAUUUCCUUUUGUACCAAUAGCUUGCAAUCUCAAACACAACCAUGAUCAUGGUGAUCAGAGGAAGUAAAUUUAUUCAUAUACUGGUGUUUUAUCUCAUUGGGCUUCACUGCAUGGAAAUGGCUUUGACUGGUGCGGUACCGUGCAUGGAUAGGGAGCAAGAGGCUCUUCUCAAGUUCAAAGAAGGCUUUAAGAGUGCUUCAGAAUCCUUCUCUUCAUGGACAGCAGAAGAAGAUUGCUGCAAUUGGAGAGGAGUUGGAUGUGACAACGCAACUGGUCAUGUCACCAUCCUUGAUCUCCAUGGUCGAGACCCUUACAACAUAUUGCAAGCUCAUGAGGUAAGUCCUCUGCUUGACUUACCAUAUUUGAGAUACCUAGACUUAAGCCUCAACGAUUUCCAGCAGAUUCCAAUUCCAGAGUUGAUUGGUUCUCUUAAAUAUAUUGAAUAUCUCAACCUGUCUAAUGCCAAUUUUCGGGGAACCAUUCCAAGUACUCUUGGAAACCUCUCGCACUUGAAGUCUCUGGAUUUGAGUGGAAAUGGCUUUUCUUUAAGAGCUGAAAACCUCAGUUGGGUUUAUGGUCUUUCCCCUUUGAAAGUUCUUGAUCUGGGUGGUGUUGAUCUUAGCAAUGCAGAGGAUUGGCUUGAUGCAGUAAAUAUGCUUCCUUCUCUGGUAAUGUUGCGUUUAUUCUGUUGCAAACUUCCCAAGCUCUCUCAAAAUUUGCAUCAUGUGAAUUUUACUUCACUUAAAUUCCUCGAUCUCUCGUUUAAUAACUUCAGUUCUACAAUACCAAAUUGGUUGUUUGACAUUGGUUAUAGUCUUGUUUACCUUAAUCUUUCAAGAUGCCAGUUUCAAGGUGUGAUUCUAGAUGCUUUUGGGAACCUGGCUUCUCUCAUCUCUCUUGAUCUUUCGAAGAAUGGCCUCAAAGGUCCAAUUCCGUUAACUUUAGGCCUUUUUCAAGAACAAGGUGAGCUUAACAAAUCUUCAUCACUGAGAGAAUUGUAUCUUUCUAGCAAUGGAUUGAAUGGAUCCUUGGCAUGA